CAUGGAAUACACUUACACUAAAAAAGCAUUUAUUAUUUAUUUGAAAUUCACAUUUCACUGCGUGUUCUGCAUUUUUAAUUUGCUCAGUAUAGCAGCCUGGCCAUGCCAGACCACCAACUGUUGCCUCUGUACAGUGUCCCCAGGACCACCGAGACCCAGCCCCAAGCCUGCUUUGUCACUCACCAGCUGUGAGACGUGGAAUAUCCGGGUCCUCCCUCUGAGGAUGCUUUGUCUCACCUCAUGGGUGAUUGUGGUCCCUGAGCUGGGCCCUCUAGGGUCACCAAGUAGGGCUCUGGUCCUGUGGACCUGACGCACUCCUCAGCUAUGUGGGACAGGCACCUGCAAUAGGGCCUGGCAUGUAGGGAUGAUGAGUCUCCUCUGCACUUCCUGUCCUUACAGCCUGGACACAUGAGGGUCUGGGGCAGAUCAGCAAAAGCUAGACUGCAUGAACUUCUCAGGCCUGGGCUGGCUGCCAGCUGGGGGCCCAGAGAAAGACAAGGAGAACAUGGACCUCUGUCCCUCUGCACACCACAAUAAACCUCGGUCAUCACAUCUGAGGGUCCAAGAAUUGCACUCAGCAACCAGCACUGAAAACAUUUCCCAGUGACCAGAGUGCACCAAGCACCCUGCAGGCAAAAGAUGAACCAAGACAGGGACCUCACACCAAGGAUCUCAAAGUCUAGUAGGACACAGAGAUUCACCGCUGUGAAAGAAGAAUAAAGCAAUGUAAGGGAUAAAAAGGGAAGAAAAGAUUCUACAAGGAACGGAACAGAGGAGGAAGUUGUCAGCGGCUGUGGCUGAGGACAGAGAGAGACAUUCCAGACAGAGGGACUGCUACUUGAGGGAUCCAGUCCAGGACACUUGGGUCCUGUGGGAGCAGGCAGAUCUCCUCUGCCAAGAGGGCCUUUAGGGUCAUGCAUAGGCAUUUGUAAGGAAUUAGGAGGGAGAGAGAAUUGCAUCCGCAAAAAGCAGCACAUCCAGUCAAUAAUAACAGCAAUAUGAGGCGUGGCAUGGAAAAAAAGCAUCAUGUGAGAAAACAUUUCGGAAGAGUUAGAAUUUAGCAAUGACUGUGCAAAGGUUAUUUCGGUGCUCAUCUCAAGGAAAAGCUGAUUCAUGGGGAUCCAUGCUCAGAUUGAGUUUGUUUGACGUAUUCUGAUUCAAAAGAUGACCCUACAAUUAGGAGAAGACAAUUACACAUUCUUGAGUGUAAUUCUCCAGGUUCCAAGGAUACAGGGCACUCCCAAUUCGCCUAUGCACAUAUUCACAGUGGGCGUGGCAGACCCUUCGCUGUUCUGCAGGGGCUCAACUGGAAAGUCCAUUUUUAAAUUCUUGCCCGAAGAUCCUGUUUCACCUGGUGUGCUCUGGUGUUUUGCAGAACCUUCUCCACCUGAUGCGAGUUUGGCCCGGGUCAGCAGAGGAAGUGCUGGAGGUUUGCAGAACAGGAUGCCGUUGAGUCCUGCAGAGUUGCUAGAGAUGGGCAGUGAUGACACCAAAUAUAAGCAUAAAAAGACGUUUUGAAACUACAGAUCCUAAAACCCAACACAGCAGGCUCCUGCAGCUUCCAGUGCUGUAACAGAGAAAAAAAAAUCCCCACUUUACAAUUACAUCUGGUCAAUGAGAAGCUCUAGUUUUGUGGGAAGAGGGAAACACCUAACCUUGCCAGAAUCAUCACCAGAGGCGCCUACCGGCUGACUAGGACAGCUUUCCUGGAGACAACAGAUGAUGCAGGGAAAUAAGAAGUGCACAGACGGGUUCAGCGACUCCUCCAGCAUCGGCAGUGUGUUGGAUGAUGCAGACAGGGAGGUGAGCAGCCUCACAGACCGGGCGUUCCGGAGCCUGUGCAUCUCAGAGGACACAUCCUUCCAUGACUCUUACCUGGCCGUGUCCCCAGAUAUCAGCCGACAGGUGUUUGGGACUCUCCAGCAGAGAACAGUGAGCCACACCCAGAGGAAAAGUGGCAUUUGGAGCCAGUUACCAUCGCAGGGCACAGAACAUUCAGGCUGGGCGGCCACCUUCCAACAGCUGCCUAAGUACGUUCAGGGAGAGGAAAAGUACCCCAAAACCAGCCCCCCACCAACACCAGUCCAGAGGAGACUGGAGGUGCCAGUUUCCGGUCUCCGGAGCAGCAACAAGCCUGUCUCCAAAGUAUCAACACUAAUUAAAUCUUUCGACAGGACUGAGACCCAACAUUGUGAGAACAGAACCACUACCAGCAAGCCUCCAGCUCUGAAAAAUCCCCCCAAAUUUGCCCCUCUUCCAGAAAGCAGUGUCAACUUCUGCUUUGAUUCUGCCUUUCUGACAGUCAGGAGGGUGCCCGCUGAAGCUUCCAACACCCAUCAGAACAGCCACCAGCCCAGCAGAAAACACAGAGAACAGGAGUCCCCCAAGAAUCCAGAAAUGGCCUGUCACGGCUCCAGCAGCUUCCUCCCGGCAGCCGAUGACGUGACCAGCUCAUCUGAGUCAACGUUCCCCUCUCCACACCACAAGCCAGCCACUGGUGAGCCUGGGAGAGGCAAAGGCACCUUUCUGCACAGUGAAAAUAGUGCUUUUGAGUCGUGGAAUGCCCACCAACCAAAGCUGCUGGAGAGAAAGGAUGCGGCCGGAACAGUCCCAGAAAGCAAAGCUCCCAAGCACUAUGGGGAUUCGACCUUGCUAAGAGAACCCUGUCCUCCUGAGUGCACAGUCUCUCCCUGCCAGGUCCAGGCCCGCUGCAGUCAGGAAGAGAACAGAGUGGCAGCAGGAGCUCUGUCCACAUCUGUACCUUGGGGGUACAGGGAUCCAGGAUCCCAGGUAUUUGAUGUGGAAGGAAAAGCUCCCAGUUCACAGCCUGAUUCUCAAGAGAAGCCAGCCCAGCCCCCAUGGAGGAAACCAAAGACUGGCAAGAAAGGGAAAGAAAGUCUACAAGAUGCUUCAGAAGAAAAGACACAGACCAACAGGAGAGGCCCACCUUUGUAUACAAAACACAAACCCCAGGGACAGUUUCCAGAAAAUGAUGCUCUUGACCUGCCUGUGGAACCCGAUGAACAUUAUGAUCCCCCGUUUAACAUCAGUAAGCUCCUGACCCCCAUCAUACCCAGCAAGCAUGCCCUGGAUUCAGCAGAGAGCCAGCCAGCAGAGAGAACCCCAUCACCCCCAGGACAGCUAAAUGGAUACCAAGAGAAGGAGCCCAGUGAAUGUCAAUCUCGAGACAGCUACAAGUCCAAAGCCCCUAGCCUGCUGUUCAACCUCAAGGAUGUGCGGAAGCGUGUUAAGAGCACAUACAGUUCCUCACCUCUCUUGAAAGGGCUUGAUGAGAAAACCAGAGGUAAGGCUGACAGAAAGCAAGAACCCGUGAGCAACGGUGUCAUCCUCCCCAACGGGCUUGAGGAAAGUCCUCCAAACCAGAUUUCUAAGGAGAGACCUGCCAAUGACCCCACUGCAUCGCACAUCAAUGCCCAGCAGGACCCUACAGCCGACCCCAGUGAGCCCUCCGCAGACAGCUAUCUAACCCUCAGCACAGCUCCGACUAUCAUCAAAGCCCCCUUCUAUGUCAAUGGGGAGGCUUCUGAGAGAAGCAGUUAUGAGAACGAGGAAGCGGAACGAGAGUUGGAGAUGGGUCCUGCUGGGUCCGGCUGGUGUCCAGACUCCAGGGAACACCGCUCCAGGAAGCACCUCUCCCUAAGGCUUUGCAAUAGGGAUCUUGAGCCUGGUGGGGCUACGGAGAAAAUGAAGACCUGCCAGCUAGAGAAUGGGCUCUCCAGAUCUGUGUCCCAAGAGACAGAACCUGAGAAGGAAGCAGGACUUCAGAACACACACUUGAACCAGAAAUUCUCCCCAGGUCCCCUCUCUCCUGAGGAGGAAGAUGUGUUUUAUAGUGACAGCCAAUCUGAUUUCAUGCCAAGCCUCAAAGGUAAGGCCAAAUUCAGCACUAGCUCUUCAGAUCAAUCCUUUGCCUCGUUUGAUGAUCAACAGAAGACGUGGUUUACUGAGAACCAGCGGGAAGACAGGAGGAAGGACGUGAAUGCAGGUGACAGUCAGAAGGAUGAGAAGGAGAAUGUGAUGGGGAAGGAUGAGCUGCAGUACUGUGCCUUAAGUAAUGGGCAUGCGUGCUUGGAAGAGCGCAGCCAGGGGGAAGCAUUGCAAAGAGAAGGGGAAAGUGUGUCUGGAGGAAGAAUCAGGAAGGCAUCAGCAGAGGAAGCUAAUUUCAGAGGCUCUCAGAUUGGAGGAAAUAAGGGUACAACCUUUUCACAGGCUAAAGACCUUACCCCCUCCCCAUCUUCUGCUUCAAACAAGCACAUGCUCUUUACGAUUAAAGACAACACCCUCAGAGUCACCCCCGUAAUUAAACCUAUCAUGCUGCCUCUCCUGAGGACCAUGUCCUUGGAGGACUCCCUCGGCAGUGGCCACAAAGAGGAGGAACUGUCAAGGCCAGAAUGGGGUGAGGAUCCUGGUUUCUAUGCCCCCGAAAACCAGGACAUUCUUCGUACAUCGACAACCACUAACACGCAGGGCACACGCGUGAAGUGCAUGGCCAGUGAGGUCACGGGGGAACCCCAGCAGGAGUCCAGCACAGCCAGGAUGGAGGCCUCUCAGCCAGCACCAAAGGACACAUCUAUGCCUCCGGUAGGAGACUGGGACAGGGUGAAGCCACCCCCAGAUGCAGCAUACAGCAUCGUGGCAAGCAAUGGCAAGAGCAGUUCCAAAGACCCAGGGAAGCUGGCAGUCCCACAGCACAUCCCCACCAUCGCUUUACCUGAGGGUGACGAAGAAGACCAGCCACCCCCGGGGCAGCCUGAACCCUGUUGGGAACAGCAGACACCAGGUUUCAAGAGUCACUUUUUGUCCACACCCAGAGCAGGCCCUGCUGGCAGAAGACCGGUCCCUGGUGAGACGGUGAAUUCUCCCAAUUCCAGCUCCCUGGGGGAGAGCAGCGCCUGCUCCCCUGCCGCCAGCAGCAUUUGGGAUGAGGCUUCCCAGGCCCCCGAAGAACAGGAGCUGCUGCCCAAGGAGCCUCCUCAAGCCAACCCCUGGGCCAGCCCCAGUCCAGCCAGGGUCACCCGGAGGGAAGACCUGACCCAUGCCCUGGUAUGGGAGGGCGGCUCUGAUCCCCAGCUUGAGCUGCUGGCCGAAGACCUCCGGACGCUGUCUCCAAGAGGUCCAUUGCUGGAUGUGGCCACCAGCCCAGCAGGCCCCCCUGGGAGACUUGAGCUUCCUGCACAGCUGGAGAGGGCAGCAAGCAAACCACCUGCAGUCCCACCCAAAACAGAGAAAGCCCUGCGGAGGGCGAAGAAGCUGGCAAGCAAAAGGAGGAAGACUGACCAGACACAGGAGAAGCAUGGCGAGCCACAGGAAGGAAAGUUCUGCCCGGAGGACUUGGAGCAGGCAGAGCAAAGGCCACUGUGCCCCAGAGAGAGGCCUCAACACAGUUUCCCCAUGGUCCGUUCCCUGCCCCCUCCCAUGCACCGCCACUCUGUGUCCAGCUUCUCCGAGUCUGCCGGGAGACGGCCUGGGGGCCCCCAGUCCCUCACACCCCUGCCCACUUACCCCGCCACCCAGAAGGUCCUUCAGGAUCCACAGUCCGGGGAGUACUUUGUCUUCGACUUGCCACUCCAGGUGAAAAUCAAGACCUUCUAUGACCCAGAGACGGGCAAGUAUGUCAAGGUCUCCAUCCCGUCCUCCGAGGGGACCUCACCAGAGCCGCCCCCACCGGAUGCCCUUGCUGCUCCCUAUGUGCUGUACCCCGGCUUCCAACCGGUGCCUGUGACGGCCUUGAUGCCGCUGCGCUGCUCGUCUCAGCUCUCCGCUCCCACCUUCCUCAGGCAGGGCCCUCGCACUUCUGUGGCCCACACCAGGCCCCAGAGUGUCCACAAGGCUGGACUACAGCUGACCCCAGGGCCUCAUGGUGACUGCACCCCACACUCUGCCGGCCAGCACCCCCAUAGGCCUCCCCAGAGCCCAGGAGAGGAGGGCGCAGAAGCUCCAGGCCUGGGCAUCAUCUCCACUGGAGACCUAGAGGACUUUGCCACAGAAGGCAUUUCUUGAGUUACUGCAGACUGAUCUCCACCCCCAGAUGAACCCAGAGGAGCUGACUUCCCCCUCCCCGAGAACAAGCAACAGACACACACACACACACAACACAGGCACACACGCGCGCAUGCUCACACGCACGCACGCUCAUCAAUAUACUUAGCCUUUUUGGAUCCCUAAGUCCAGAAGGCAGUAGGGAUCCUGAGACGACCUCACCCGAAGGGCUCCCAGGCUCCCCUCUGAUGGAGGGGCGCUGCUUGCUUGGCCUGGUCCCUUCCAUGUCAGUUCCCAGGUGCACUCUACUCCAGCCCUUCUCCUUAGCUUCCUUCCCCCCUGUCCUGGCCUGCCCUGCUCUUCCCUGGCCCUGCCAACCAGGUGGGUGUGGCAAGGGCACCACCUGGUCCUGAGGGUCCCUGUGCACCCGCACCCACCCGCUCACUUGUAGGCUUCUUGGUGAGCAAACCCUUGGGGCCCCCAGCUCAGACACAACAGCAGUUUCAGGUCACCUCAGACUGGCUGAGGACCAGCCCAGGGCAAUCUUGCAGAAAUGAUUAUUUACGUAGAAUGAGUUUCCUUCACAGGAAGAAACUUCCCUAUGAAAGCUAUUUUCUGUUCAAGAAAAGGCCACUUUUUAAAAAGUGAAACAAGUUUGCAGUUAAGGUUCUGUCCCCGGACUCCUGUCUUCCUUCUGUGGGCAGUGGGGUCCAGGGCUGACAGAGCCACCUCCCUGUCUUCCACAGCCUGGCAUCUCACCUUGUCCCUUCAACACCUGUUCAUGCCUUUGCAGGGCCAGGCCCUCCACUAGGUCCUGCCCCAAUUCAGUGACCAGUACCUGUGCCCUGCACUCAAAAGGAAAUUGUGUUCUCACCCCCUCACCCCCUGCCAGUUCCUGACCUUGGGGAUUUGGAGAGAAGUAUCGGAUUAACUCAAGAGUCUGAGCGUUUUACCUAAUGAAACUGGGGGCCACUGGCCCAGCACAGUAAAGCCAAAAUCCACACUGAAGCCUGUAGUGGGAGAAAGGAGGGUGUUUAUUUGCAGGCACCGAGCAAGAAGAAUCAGGCAGCUCACACUUCAAACCUGCUCCCCAGUGGCUUGCAAGCAUGGAUUUUUAACGGCAAGGGAAAUUUUCAGGAAAGCAGAAGUCACAGGUGAAAUCGUAAAUCAAUACAUGGAGGGUACAUAUUGGUUUGGCCUAAAAAGGCAGGAUAUCUUGAAGCAGGGGCUUAUGGGUCAUAGGUGGAGUCCAAAAUUUUUGGAAUUGCAAUUGGUUAAGGAAGAGAAGCUUUGUUUAAAAAUGUGGGUUAGCAGAAAGGAAUGUUAGCUCUGGCUUGUUGGGGGGACUUUCCUCAAGCCCCUCAGGAGGAAAUUUAGAACAAAGAGCCAUGCUCCAAGUUCAGUCCUCAGCUCCCUCUUAUCUGAGGUUUCUGUGCCAGUGGAUCCGUAUGGUGGGGUCUGGGUUUCUGAAAAACCACUCAGAGACACCUGUUCAGAUGUUCUCUUUAGUUUCCAGAGGGAACCAAACACCCCACGGUUCCAGCUUACUUGGCUGUUGUUUUAGGUUACUAUUACCUUCCUGCUUAUCAAGUUGCUCAUUUGCUUCUCAGGGCUAGCUGGGUGCUUGUAAUUUCCCUUGAAGGAGGCCAAGAUUUUCCUGUAUUUCCACAGUUGGGGAGGGGUCCCUGCCCCAUCUCAAGAGCAGGUGCCCACUUGCAGGUAGCCAAUUAGGAAGGAAACGAGCACCCAGGGUCCUGGUAGAUUCCAUGCCAGGGCUUCUACAGAAGCCUCUUAAUUCUUGUUCAACUGGAAACACAGGGCCAAAACGUGCCUCCCUCCUUGUUUAGAAACCUCAGCAGCUGCCAGGACUGUGCUGCCCAGGGUCCAGGGGACCAUGCAAGAUGCAUCGUCCUUGUCCUCUUGUUGCAAAGGUGCCGUUUCCACACUGGGAGGAUAGGGAGGCAUUCAGUAAACCAAGUCCCAGACUCACACAAACACAGGGGUUUUGCCCACACUUCAGGUCAUCAUUUGGAUUCAAGAUUUCAUACCCAUUUGUUUUCCCAACAAGUGCAGCCACACCUCAGGAUAUGACAAUACCGCACAAACCCCCACCCCCACCCCCCUCAAUGCCAUUCAGUUUGGCCACACCUGUCACCAGCCAGGUGACCAGCCAGGAGUACAGGCAAACCACUGUCCCAAAAUCUGGUUCCCAUGAGUCACUCACUGGGUGCAAGCAACAAGAACGAAGUUGCAUUUUGGCCCUGGCUCCAAGUCACCUCAAGCAUCCUCUCCACUUUGUUUUCAUCUCACUAAAACAUGAGAAGGAAUAUCUCAUUUUACAGUUCUCAGGGUCCGAGGAAAAGAAUUGCCUAACAAAGGAAGAGUCCCUCCGUUCAACAAGAACCACAGUUAUAGUAAAUAUGUCCCCUCAGGGGAAAAUAUUACUUUGGGGAACUUAUUUUGGGGAAGCAAUCUUCUUCCUUAGAACCGUAUUGACAGGGCUGUGGGCAGAGCUGGACACAUAAAGACUUGCUCCCAGCAAGUCAGCUAGAAGGAAACCUCACUCCCUUACAGCAAUAGGCCUGUUUUCAUGAAGCAGAUAAUGCCAGGGGACACAAGCAGAGAGUCUCCACCCAGUGAAGCCCAACUCACUGGCCAGUGAUGCUUUCCUCUUUCCCUUUGCUCCUGAGGGAGGUCAUGUAUGCCUCCGUUCUCCUUCCUCACUCUCUCCUUCUCUUUCUUCCUUCCUUAUCUCCCUCCCUCCUUCUCUCUCUUCCUUCCUUCUUUCCUCCCUCUUUCAUACAAAUGUUUGCUCUGUGCCAGGCACUUUGAUUGGCGCUGAUGAUACCAUGACAAUAAGAUCUUGUCUCUCUACUCAAGGAGUUAAAAUUUAACAGAGAGAGAAGACAAUCACAAUCCCACAUAUUAAGUAAUUUAAUAGGUUGCUCUAAGGAGCACCUAACUUGGUCUGGCCUAAGGAGUUGGCACCUGAACCAAGUCAGAAAACGCAAAGCUAUCCAUUAAUUUAUGAAAAAAAAUCAGAAUUUCCCCAGCUAUAAUCUAUCAAAGAUGACAUUGAUUAAAUACUAAUAGAGUUGUCUUGCCAUAUCAAAGGGUAUUAAUUCAGCUAAUUGUUCAUCAGCAUUUCUAACCAGCACAAAAGCUGAACCAGUGUAGCCUCACAGGAUAGACCUUUAUUGAUAGGUCCUUCAGCUUCUGAAUUGAUAUUUCACUCACAGGGGUUGCCCAGAAAAACCACUAUUUCUACUAUUGUGUUUAGUAGGACAGUGGUAAGAUUUAUGAGAACACGUUGUUUGUGGAAAUUACA